CUGAAAGUGUGGCACCACAGGAGGGAGCCAAAGUAAACAGUGGCGGCGGCGGGUCACCAUGAGUGGCUCGUGUCUGAAGGAGGUCUUCGCGUGCUUCCUGCUGUCCUUCCUCUACGUCGGGAGUCUCUACGUGUGGAAUGCAACUCAGGGAAGAGACCAUCCAUCUACAAUUAAGAAACGAUGCAUCAGUGUGUUCUUCAUGACGAUAGUGUCACCAUUUUUUGUCAUAUGGUUUGGAAGUCAUGACUCUCCUGAGGUGACCUUAUGGUCUCAAAUGGGCCUUAGAUGGGAGGGCCUACUACCAGCAUUGGUUCUGCCACUUAUUCUCACUUUCAUACUAUUUUUGGGUCCUCUUGUACAAUCACAUCUAUCUGUUCCACUGACAGCCACUCUCCGCAUGUACUUAGAUCCAUUAUAUUGGUAUAACACGGCACAAAACCCUAUCUGGUGGAGAAACCAGCUAGUAGCUCCUUUCUCUGAAGAAUUCACAUUUCGAGCCUGCAUGUUACCCAUCUUGCUGCAGUGUGUCAGUCCUGGGAAGGCAAUCUUCAUAGCACCUCUCUUCUUUGGUGUGGCACACCUUCAUCAUGCCGUGGAUCGCUUGCGUGCUGGCAUUGCCCUUCCAGCAGUCAUCCUCAUAUCCAGUUUCCAGUUUCUGUAUACCUCAGUGUUUGGUUUCUAUUCUGCAUUUCUCUUCAUCAGAACAGGGCAUUUUCUCCCCCUUUUUGCAGUUCAUGCAUUUUGCAACCACAUAGGCCUUCCAGAAGUGAAAGAAAUGUUGAAGGCCCCCUCUCCUACACGCAAUAAGCUGAUGGCCUGUCAUGUGCUAGGUUUGGUAACCUGGUACUUUUUACUUUAUCCACUUACUGAACCAUCUAUCUACAGCAAUGCUUUGACAACAUUGUGAAUAUAGCCUUAAGGUAGUAGCCAUAGAGUAUUUAUGUGUGAUAUUGAUGAAUUUUUAUGCCAAAUUGCUGCACACUAGUUGCAUUUCUAGCAGUUUCAGAGUAUGCUGUUGUCUGUUCCUAGUAUGUUGGGUCUUCAUCCCAUAUGUUGUAUGUUAUGAUAAUGAUAUGAUUUGAAUUAUAAAAUUAUUUUUAAAGAGUGCAAUAGUGAUUUACCAUGAAACAGCCACAUACUGCCUUUGGUCCUUAGUUCACAUCCUUGUACAAGGUGUCUCCUGUUGCCUUUCUAAUUAUAUCACGAAGUCUGAGAAAUCCAAGAAAUGCAUUGUCAUAAUGAAAAUUGAAGGAUACAGCCACACAUGCUCCUCCACUGUAUAGAUUACACUUUUUGCCAAAUAUUUUCACUACACUUCAAGUGGGAGAAUAUGUGUAACAUUUGGACAAUAUCUGUGUAAAGAUAUGUCAUAUAAUGUAAGCAGAACCACUUAAGGGUAGAGUUCGCUAUAGUAUAUUGAAAAAAAAAAAAAAAGUUAUCCAGUUUGGCAAAUCCAUCUGUCCUAAAAAUGUUGAAUGGCAAAUUUCUUUCAGAUUCUGAAAAUUUAAAUCUCCUGGGUCGGGAGAAUUUAAAUAGCCACCAGGAAUGUGUGGCAUGCCGCCGAGCAUGUGUUUGAUAAUUUAGUAGGUUUUUUGACCUAUUUUUAAUAUCUGAUGAAAUAAUUGCAUAUUAAUACAUUCCUGCAUAUUCUGGCAACUUAACCUGGGAGGAAGACAGGUGUGUGAGAUGGUGAGGAGCUGCAACAUGCUUAGACUGAAACCAAACACAUGACACGCCACUUGUUGCUCUCCUUACUCUCACAUCCUGCAUCAUUCCCCACAAACUUUAAAAAAUUGAGCUUCAGGUAGGAGGGCAGCUGCCCACCUGAAAGGCAGAACCCAGAAUCCCAAUGACUCACUGCAUUCCAAAAUUUGGGCAAAAAAUUUUGAAUAUCAAACAUGCUUGAUUCUUCAGAGUCAAAUUUGACACCCAGGUAACACUUCUGGAACAAUUUUGACUCUAGCAAUAGUAACCUCCUCACUACCAUUUUUGGAAGAAAUGAGAAGGUAGAAGGAUUGAAACCCAGAUACCCAGAGAAAAAGAACACUUUAGAAGCCCAAAAUGAAUAGAAAAAUCAGUGGAAGUGCCAGGAGUUAUUACAAACCAGGCGGAUUUUAGCAGAUAUGAAACGUGGCAAAAUGAAUGAGGUGGGGCCUCAUGAUUCCUUUGCAACCAAGUGAGUAAUAUCCUUUAUAGGGAAUGAAGUAGGUGCCAGAUCAUGAGGGCAAGUUUUAGUAUGCGAUUAUUGAACCCUAAGGAAACCAGAAUCAAUAGGUUUGCAGUACGAAACUGAGAAAAACUUGAAUCACAUUAUACCCUGAGCAAGAUGUUAGAAAACGUAUAUGCUAUCUACCCCUCUAUUUUUUUCAUAAUUGCAAUAAAGAUUUAGGGAUAAAACUUGAUUAAUCAUAGAAUAAAACUGUUAAAGCAUUUUCAUUUCUUAGAGAAUAUUUUUAGCAUGUUAUGCGAAGAGAUUUUGGUUUGUGAAUUUCCACAUGCGUUUUUAUAUAACUAAAUGAAAAGAUUUUGCUAUUUUUUACAGUUUUGGUAGGCAAGUUGUAAAGUAUUUGAUGUGUAAUCACAAAAGAAGUGGGUGCAAAAGUGAUGGAGAUCAACUUGAAAGUUUUUGCAAAAUAAUGAAAAAUUACUUGAAAAGGAAAAAAAAUGCAUGAUUCAUUUGAAACUUACAGAUGAAAAUAAGGGUACCAAUAUGCACAACAAAUAAGCCAAGGCCCUCAGGCUUUUUUGAAAUCAUAGCGAACUCUCCUUAAAUUUAAAACUAUCUCACACACACAUACCCACAUACCACAUUUCCUCCUUCCUCACAGUGCCAACACUUCAUCUUGUUGUGUGAUAUUACAAAAUUUGCUCUAGGUCAAUAGGUAUUAACUUAAUAUAUGUAUGGUUUGUUGAUAUUGUUUUGAAAGUAUUGUACUUAUGGAAAAUCAGUGCUCUCAGGUAACAGAUGCACCAAAGGAGAUACCAAAUAGUUGUGGUAAGGGUCAUAAUUCAGUAUAGUAAUAUAGCAUUUGUAAUGUCCUUUCCAGGAAAUGGAAAGCCAAAACUCUUUGAUUACAAAAACAUUUAAUUUAUCAUUUCAUAUUGUAAAACAAAGUUGAAAGUAAAGAGCUUGAAGGUUGUAUUUAUGCAGCUUUUUGUUACAUACACUUCUUUAAGAGAAAUCAGCAUCUUCGCUCCUCUCUGAAAUAAGCAUGACUUCAGUGAAGCAGUAGUUAAAAAUAAGAAGUGAAUAGUUAAUAUUAUUGAAUGGAUAAAUAAUAAUGCACAACUAAAUAAUCCAGAAGCAGAGGAAUAUGGAGUUAGUACCUAAUGAAAAAUAUGUAUCAAGUUAUGUAUUUUCAUAAGCAGUGAAUUGACAUGCUCCCUUGCCCUGAGAACACUAUCCACUCACUUCACUUCUCCUUUCCAUGCCCUUUUUCUUAUUUCUUGUAAAAAACUUACAGUACAGUAUUAAUCACUCUUUUUUGCCAUCUGAAAAUCAAAACUAAUUCCUUUAAAUUGUAAUCUUUAUCCCAGUCUAUCACCUCUUCUCAAGAGAGUAGAGCCAAGGGCCAUUUGCCUCAACUCCUCUAACUAACUGUCUUUAUCCUCUCAAAGUUGACUGGUGUUGCUUCACUUGCUUUCUUUUAUCACUACCUUCUGGACUUGGUAACUUCAUUCCUCCAUCCCUCUAACAACCCUGUUGCACAUCUCUCUACUCAACCUCAUUCCUACUUACUGAUUAAUGCAAGAAUUGAUCAGUAUCUUCACUUUCAUCCCUAUCACAGAGUAGGCUCUGGAACAGCCUCCUCUCCACUAUCUUUCCUCAUUCCUCUGAUGAACUCUCAGUAGGGGAGUAUCAAGACACCUCUGAACCCAUUUUAUAAAUUCAUUUUUUGGCAUCCUAUUCUCUUUACUGAAUUAACAUGAGGGCAUUUUUUUUAUAUAUAUAGCCAUUGAUUUGUAUUAAUAACCUUAAAACACAUUGUUGUAUAUAUUGUUAUUUAACCCCUUCCCGGCGGCAGGGCAGAUGUAUGUACUAUCAAAAAAAAAAAAAAAAAAAAAAAAUCGUCUCUGUAUAGAUGCUGUCGACUUUCAUCCAUACGUGUAUAUAUAGAUUUCCUGCAAGUGGGCAUUCCAGAUUGACGUCUAUAUAUAGACUCUGCCGCAAAACUGAACAAACAUUUGAAUCUAUAUAUAGAUGUUAUUUAAGUUUGAUUGGUUAUAUGUAUAUUGAUAUAUUUAUAUGAAGGUUUAGAUUCUGUAUCAGUGUAAUCACUGACAGUAGAUGAGUCAGUAUCAUCAAAAACAUCCAAAAAAUCAGCAUCUAUAUCCUCAGCUGCCAAAGAAGUCAUUUCUUCCGUCUUAAGAGGUCUCUUUCUCCUUGACAUGAUAGACUAAUAAUAAAAUAAAAUAGGAAAAAAAUGCAUAAAUUCCCAGUGUUAGCUGAUGUGCAUAGCACAUCCGCCACCGACAAAGCACAAGCGGUGACUGUCCUUGAGAGGCAAUGUCGGUAAGUGUCGGGGUUUGAGAUGCCAAAUAAAGAUUUUUGUUAAUUUUGUUAGUAGUAAGGAAUCGUCUAUAUACAGACCAUGCUACAAUCUAGUGUGGGCAAAUGAGAGCAAACGUCUAUAUAUAGACGCGCAGACAAAAAGUCCCAAUUUCGAAACAUCUAUAUAUAGAUCCUCCGCCGGGAAGGGGUUAAUCAUUAGUUAUCAUUAUCUUGUAAACAUGGAGAUUGAGUACAUGUUCAUAUUCUAUUAUGUCAUAUGAGGGGACAAUAAAGGAUGUACCAUAUUUGCUGGCAUCGAAGAUG